AGACAAAUGAUGAAAGGUGUAUUAGAUAUCAAUUCAAUCCCACCUCAAUCACAUUUAUCGUCACAUUUAAACCUCAUCAAAUAUCAAUCUGCUGGGCUAUAUUUUGCAUGUUUAAUCAUUUUGCUUUUUAUCAGAAUUCAGAUUCCUGUAGAAAUUAGACCUUAACAAGUAAGUACUAGAUACCUUGUAUUCUGUACAACAGUUUUACUCUACACUGCAGGUUAGAAGGACUAUAUCUAUGUCGUGAAAGAUUUAAACACUCAAAAACGUGGUGGUAAAAACUGUCCGAAGCAUGUACAAUCUGUUCUGGCAUCUAUCAUUCAUCAUCCCAAUCAUGUUAUUGCGCCUUCGUUCAUCAUAUAUGAAAAAGUGAUAAAAGAGGAUAAAGAUGUCUUAUUUGUUGUUCUUUUUAACACGUAUGAUACAAAAAAGUUUAAAACACAUGGAUGCUGACUGCAAAUUAGUUACAGAUCUAUUCAUUAGAAAAGUAUCGACGGUUUAUGACUUGUCUUGUAUCUGCUUCUUCUGUUGUAGAUAUCUCCACAUUACAUUUUCAGAAAGUGAUGGUCGUGGUUUCAUUAUGUAUAUGGACGCUACUCUGGAUAUUUACACAUGUACAAGUGGCUUCUCAUCACUACCAGGAUUACAACGCAUUGUUUCUGCAAAGGACAGAGAACGAGUGGCGAUCUCUCUGGCACACAGACUGUCAUCGCGUCUGUCAUUAUGAACUGGAUCAACAUGUAGACUUGGCCUGUCGGAUGGACAUUUACAGAAUCCGGAAACGCUCUGCAGACUGGGAGCGUGCAGCUAAACGGAAACACAUUAACGGGGAAUUCUCUGAAGACAAUGGCGUUUUUAUAGAAAAAUCUGCUUCAAUGAAGUUUUUAUCUCCAGUAAUGGACAUGCGAAGUAAAAAGAAUGUUUUGAACGAGUGUUGCUAUUCCAAAGGAUGUAGCUGGGAAGAAUUCGCAGAAUUUUGUCAGUUUUCUAUAAGACUUCCCGCUACAGAUGCUAACUCCUGUGCGUGAUAAGUUGUCACUCUGUAGAACGAUGUAACCAGUCACUCUGUAGAACGAUGUAACCAGAAAUGGAACAACAGGAAGCCUUUAAUAAUCUUCAU